AUGCUGAUAACCAAGUUUCUGUUUGGAAUUUUGGCAAUUAUAGUAUCAAAAAUAAUAUACAAACCAAUUGAAUCAAUAAGAGAUGAUUUUGAUAUAAAUAACGUAAAGUCAUCGUUUAUCCAGAAAGCCUUAGUGGAUAACAAUUCUCCAGAAUCAGUUAAAUCUGGAGAGACUGUGGAUGUGAUCACUAAUAAGAAUGAUGGUGAAGAAUCAGAUAAAACAAAACAGGAGGCUUCAAAUGCUGAGACAAAGGUAGAAUCAACUACUACCAAGGAGCAGGUUCACCAUCAUGAACAGCUUAAAGAACAAUCAGAACCUCCAAAAAAUAGUGAAGAAGGUACCAAACAACCUGAAACUGCUGAGAAUCCACCCAAAGAUAAUUCACAUCAACACCAAACUGCACACUCUCAAGCCGGUCAUCAUGGACAUAAAGGUCAACAUUCUCAUAGCCAUCACCACGGCCACAGUCAUGGUCAUCAGGAUGAGGAGGAUGAGGAUGAGGAUUUUGAAGAUCUUCAUGGCCAUGAAGAAGAUGAAGAAUUUCAUCAUAGUGGUAAAGGUCAUAAUCAUACUUCAGACCAUAAAACUAAAGGUGAUUCAACACAUCGAUCACUAGAAAGUUCAAAAGUGGAACAAGAUAAAGAUACAGGAAAACCUGAAAAUAGCCCAAAGCUAGAAGAUAAUCAAAAGACUGAAAAUGAACAAAAGGUCGAAAAUGGUCCAAAGGGAGGGGAAACUGAAAAGGUUGAGAGUGAUCAAAAGACUGAGGAAGCUAAGCCGGCAAAUGAACCAGAAAAUAAGAAAGAAGAUGUAGUUGAGCAACAAAAUAAUGAAGAAAAGGCCGCUGAAAACGGUCCUAAUAAAGAAGAAACGUCUCCCAAUCAAAAUGCUGAACAGAAAACAGUUGUGGAGGAACAGACCAAGGUGCCUGAAGCCACCAAUGAGGAAAAGGAAGCCAAGAAGUCUGAAAAUGAAAACAAAGUAGCCGAAGAAAAUGGAACGGCUGUGCAGGAACAACAUGAAACUCAAGAACAAACUCCAAAAUCUGAAAGCGAAAGUUCAAAUGACCAAACUCAACAAGUCAGUGUUGAAACUAAGGGUGGUGAAUUGGGUGAAAGCCAAGACAAUUCUCAGCCAAGUUGCACAUGCGAGAAGGAGGUAAAACCUCACGAACAGCCAGAAAGUAGUGAACAGACCGACAACAGCAAAGAACAAAACGAGGGUGGUACUAGUGUAAAGGCACAUCUUAAAGCCAAAUCAGAAGCCGAGGAACUUUACAAAGUGAACAUGGGUACAUUAUCUACAGACCAAACACAAAAGGUUGAAGAAUAUUACAAAAAACCUGAAGCUAAUUGUUCAAUUGAUUGUUCAAAAUCUUGUAGAACACAAUUUCAGGGACCAACUCAGUGCUUUACUCAGGACGGAAAGGGUGUGACUUGUUCUGCUUUUGCAGACUCUACUAGUUUAACAUGCUCACUCGGGUCCAGUCCCUGUUCCACACCUUUAGUCACUUCACUAAAUUCAUACACGAUGAAAAAUGGUAGUGAAGAAGUUGGAACUCUUGAGGUAAUGGGUUCCAAUUUCAACAAAUGCACUGGAUUAUCUCUAGCUCCAGCUGAUGGGAAGUGUACCAGAGAGAAUCUAUUACACAAUCUUUUGUACACUUCAGGAAAACUAAAUCUUGAUUACAAUAUGGAAGUUGGACCAGGUAAAAUGGUUUUUUCUAAUCUUAAAAUUCAAAAUGGAGACUACAAGGUUUGUCUUUUUCAAAGGCAUGAUGAAAAUGGGUCUCCAGGUCCGCUUGCAUCAAUACUAUAUAAGCUUUUAACAUAUGUGAAUCCAACACACAGUCUAGAGAACGGUUCAAAAACUUUGUUAUCUGUAGAGGUGGGAAGUUUGAAGGUAUCGGAUUAA